AUGGCUCACGAAUCUACCUCGUCCAAAGCCGGGGGAAUGAUGUCGCUCUAUGCGAAUCUACUCGACCCUUCAGCCGAGUCAACGCCUGGAACGAUAUCCCGCGCGCCCGUCGUCUUUAAACAGAGCUCCGACACCGACGCGCAACCUGACGAGUCCGCUGCGAAAAAGCAGCAGCUCAAUGCUGCUUCACUUCGAUUUCAGCCCACCAAGAGGCCGCAACUGAACCAGAAACCCAAACCCAAGCCAACACUACCCAAAGCAGGGCUACCAGCUAGCGCGAUCCAAGCUGCGCCUUCAGCUGCAGCACCCACGAAGAGCAAGCUUGCCGACUGGGCUGCGACAGAAGAGGAUGAUUUUGAUUACUAUGUGGGCGAGAAGCGGCAACGAGGCGGGAGGAAGAAGCGCAAGAAGAACCAAGAGCCGCAGAUGGUCAUGCAGAACUGGGAUGACAUUUAUGAUCCAUCCCGUCCGAACAAUUACGAGGAAUAUCGACACAGCGACGAGAAGAUCCUCGAGGUCCGCGAAUGGAAGGAUCGCUUGUAUGCGCACCGGAUGAAGCGCUCACCAACGCCAGACUCGGAUAGCGAUUACGACCGACCAAUGAAUCCUGAGAUUCCCGAUGACCCCUCGGGAGAAGACGCAUUCGCACGCCGGGCUCGCAUGAGUCAAACUCUGAACAAUGACAUCGCUCCACCGCCUCCACCUGAGGAACCCCCAGCUCCUCCUCCUAAUGAUGCCUCCGGCGAAGACGCAUAUUUACGCCGACUUGAGCAAUCCCAAAACCAACCGCCAUCAGCACACACACCAGUUCCCCCGCCACCGCAUCCCCUUGAUGCUUUCCAACCUAGCUCCGCAACCAUCUCCCGCGCCCCAGUCCGUUACACACUGCCACCGCCGCCCGAAGAUAUUCCUGCAUCGGAAGCGGAGUUGGAAGAAAUUUUCGCAAAGGAGCAACAGGCCGCGCCAGAAGAAGACGAAGAUGCGCCUCGCUCACGGCUUCCCGGUCAAAAAGGCUUUGCAGAACGACAACUUGCCAAAUAUGGCUGGACUAAGGGCUCUGGACUUGGUGCUACGGGCUCGGGUAUCGUCAACCCGCUCCAAGUAAAGGUCGAGAAGCGGAAGAAGCGACCCGACUCCGAGGGUGGAGGCUUCGUGACACCUGGCGGCCGGGGUAAGAUUAUCGGCGGCAAGAAGAAGAAUGAGGACACGGGUAAGUUCGGGGCGAUGAGUCCCGUAGUUAUUCUCCGUGGGAUGCUGGAUGGUAUGGAUCUGGAGGAGGAAUUACACCGCGAGGGAGGUGGCUUGAUGCAAGAGAUUGGAGAAGAGUGCAAUGAGAAGUACGGGCGAGUGGAGCGAGUGUUCAUCGCUCAGAAUGUGGGCACGCCCAUACCGGUUUUCGUUAAAUUUACGAAUGAGCUAUCCGCACUACGGGCGGUAAAUGCUCUCGAAGGGCGAAUCUUUAACGGCAAUACCAUCCUCGCUCAGUUCUACGACCCUGAGAAAUUCGAGCAGGGAGUAUAUGCUGAAUAA